CACAAAUCCGCGGGUGGAGACUCGGCUGACGACUCCGCCCCCUCGCGAACAUCCGCCAGUGAGUGCCGUGCGAUGGGCUUCGGGGAGCUGCUGCUCGGUCUGUGCUGCUGCUGCUUCGGCGAUACCGGGGAGCAGAACUGCGAGAAGGAGCCGCUGCGGAGUGGCCACCAGAAGUCGGUGUCCAUGACACAGCCAUCGAUUUGGAGGGACGAGGACUGGAACCUCUGGAGUUCGCCCCACGACUUGUCUCACAUGGAGACCGACGACGACCGGCAGCUCUGCACGCUUAUUGUGGCCAGGAAUCAGCUGGACGAGGACACCGAGGAAUGGGAGAAACUGAACUUCGACAUUCACAGCCUGCGGCAGGUGCGGCGAGAAGUCAAAGGUCGCUGGAGGAAGAUCCUGCAUCAGCUGGGCUUUCAGAAGGAGGUCGAGUCCCUGCUCUCGGUCACCAAGUCCAGCACCCUGAGCGAUGCCACGAAGCUGGGUGAAGCCAAGGACAUCCUGCUCAAGCUGGCAGAGGAGACGGGCAUAUUCCCCUCGUGCUGUGGAAUGCAGGAGCGAUACGUCUUUGUGGUGGACCGUCUCCUGGUGCUGGACCUGGGAGAAGAAUUCUUUAAAGUGGCGAGAAGGUGUUACCCCCCGAGCUGUGACUGACCUGCAGGUGGCAUCGUAGGCUGCUAGGCCUGUGGCUAACUGCCGUGAUGAAGAUUCAGUGCUGCCACCCCCUGGCGAGUUCUUGAGCUGGGCGGCCGCCUGCAUUGAGCGAUGUCCGGUCGGGAUUAGAGGACACAGGGUCCAAAUGGGUAAUGCGUGGUCACCUCUGCCCACUCUGGGGUUUGCACUUUCUCAGAGUGAAGCCGCCAAGUCAAGCUACUUGGCACAACACCACACGCUGGGCACGUCCAGUCUGGUGUCACUUGAGUUUUAGUAUUGGUUGUUUUACAUUUGGAGAUUAAUAAAGAUGAAUUUUGGAA